AUGGCUUCAACAAGAAAGCAUUGUGUCUCAAAACCACAAUUUUCAGGCCUCUUCAUUUUCGGAGACUCAUUUGUGGACAACGGCAACAAUAAUUAUCUCCAGACCACCUUAAAAGUUAAUUACUUCCCUUAUGGUGUAGAUUUUCCGACCGGUCCUACUGGCAGAUUCUCCAAUGGUCGAAAUAUUGCAGAUUUUAUUGCAAAAAAGCUGGGUUUUAAAAAUUCCAUCCCUCCAUUUGCCAAUGGUACAACUCAAUACAUUGUUGAAGGCCUCAACUAUGGAUCAGGGGGAGGUGGCAUUCUUGAUGAAACCGGAAGCCAAUUCGGUGAUCUACUAAGCUUGAGCGAGCAGCUAACGAAUCAUGAAAUCACAAUCUCCAAAAUCCAAAAAUUAUUGGGAGGGAAAAGUGAGGCAGAAAAAUUCCUAAAUCGGUGUUUAUACUACGUUGGAAUCGGAACCAACGACUACAUACUAAACUAUCUUCCUCAAUUCUAUUCCUCAACCACAAAUUAUACCCCGAAUGAGUUUGCCGCAGUCCUCAUCGCUCAAUAUUCAAAGCAACUUCGAAGGCUGUACGGAAACGGAGCGAGAAAAGUGGCCGUGUCUGAACUCGGUGAAUUAGGAUGCAUGCCGGUGGUUAUCGGCGCGUACGGCUCCGCUAAUUCCUCAUCCUGCGUCGAAACCAGCAACGACGUCGUUCAAAUUUUCAAUCAAGAUCUUAAGCUCCUCGUCAACAAUCUUAAUUUUGACUAUCCAAAAGCCAAGUUUGUGUACACCCGAUUUACAGCUCUCUCUGCGAAAAGUGGUGAUAUAAAGAUUGUGAGUGAGCCAUGUUGCGUGGUGGGGACAGGGCUGUGUGUUGAAGGAAGUGUGCCGUGCAGCAAUAGAGACGAGUACAGAUUUUGGGAUCAAGUUCAUCCCACGGAGGCUGCGGUGGCGGCCGCUGCCAAUAUUGCCUAUCACGACAUCUCCGCCCUUGUUUGUUGAUUCAAUAGACACAUAGAUG